AAAAAUGAUGAUAAGGUGACAGAUUUCUACGGCAUUUACAUUGCUUUGCCCAAUUACUUGUGGUUGAAUUGAAGAAAAAUCGGCAGAAUCCCCGUCCUUGGCAAUGCUCAUUAAUAAUUAAACAAUAAUUAAAAUGCAACUACGUUCAGCGCUAAAGAAGAAUUUACGCCGAAGUACAUAACACAGGACCUGCUAGCAAUAUUUGCCGUACAUGUAUGGUUGAAAUUAGGCUUGAGAAGAUAAACAACACGGGUCGUUACGGAAAUUUACGCUGAACUGGCUCCUGCUUGAACAUUGAUCAAGAUGAAAGCAGCGUAUGGCAAGGUUCUGUGAUAAAACAGACAGUAAAAGGCAGCGAAAUUCAAUAUGGUUCAUUCACCAGCAAGGAUGAAGAGACACCCACAGGAAAAAAAGCCACCAGAGAUAGUAGUUCAAGAUUUCGGAGAAGAUAUGUUCGAUCUCGGAACACCUAAAGACGUUGAGCAUAUGUACAAAUUCGUUUUGUCGCCUCGCCAGUCUCCGGCUUCUACAAAAUGGAGUAACGGGCUGGAGAGUUUUUCCGACAGCGGAAAGUUAAAGAUUCCUUAUGGAACAAAUUCCUGCAUACUUUUUAAUGCAAGUCCUAUUUCAAAAAAUUAUUCCGAGUUGGAAAGUUUAGACAUGAUAUUUCAAGCCAAUGGCGCGGAGGAUUUACUGACCGGACCUGAAAAAGGCUUGUCGGAUUCCUUUUUAAUGGAGCUAGGUCUCAAAUCACCGCACAGCAAAGUGACAUUAUUUUCGCCUAAAUGCCCUACGAGUUUAUUCUCUGAAAAUUUCCUCAAAGAAGUAGGGCUGGCGAAUAGAGGAGAGGUUACACUUCUCAGUCCAAAGGCUCCGAAUCUGAUCUCUACUAAAACGCCCGUUGUUGUAAAGUGUCAGAAUGAAGACAAGUGUGAGCUCGGGAUCUACCUUCCGCCGUGUUACACGCCAGCUCUUGUUGAUUCGAUUCAGAGCACGAUUCACCAAGAAGAGCUGACCAUGUUUCCCUUCCCGCCAGUAAGUGACGGCUCAGUGUCUGAUUGUAGCCAUAAUGACGAAACAGAGAGUAACAACUUUUUCAGUUGCAUGCAGCAGGACAACAUGAUUAUCAAAGCGGGUGGUAGUAGUAAUCUAUUUGAGCCUAAUAAUAAUAAUAAUAAUAACAAUAAUAACAAUAUUGGUAUAAUUAAGAAUGGCACUACGUCAGACAAUCUUACUGAUUUAAACUUGCUACAUAAUCACAAUGGUAUUGAUGUUCUGACUAGCGGUGUUGAUAGUAGACAUCUUAAUAGUCAGAUGUUUACUCAGCCUGGCCUCUGCCCCGUAAUUCAAGGAGAGAGUGCAGUAGCAGGUGGCUUUGGCUACCAGUUGGCUGCUGGUAGUUCAUCAAAUCGUAAUGCCGCUUCAAUAAGUCAUGGUAGACGGGAGGCGAGGGCUAGUAAGAGGCAACAGGCGACCAAAGACGCCAAGAAGGCCUUAAAAGAUGGACGCGUUCUUCACAAUGACGUAGAACGAAAGAGAAGAGGAGAGAUGCACUCACGUUUUCAGAAGCUUCGAGAGAGCAUCCCCGAACUGGAAAACGACAAAAAAGCGGCUAAGAUAACUAUUCUGAAAGUCGCGAAACGAUACAUCAGAGACCUCGAAGAAGAAGGGAGAAAAAUGGAACAAAUCAAAGAAUAUGAGAAACGAAGGAAUCGAGAACUUCUGAAUAGGUUAUGUGGAUUGACAGGAACGUCUGGGGUUUCCGCUUGAAAUAAAUUCAGUUUAGUCACAACUUUUUUAAUAGUUCAUAGACACACAAGUGAUUUUUUUAACGUGUAGCACAGGGGAUAGAAUUUUGAUAAAGUAGUUGUAACAUGCGGGCAAAAAAUUGGCACCGUUCGUACUGCAAACACAACAGAUAUUGGUUAAAUCUCAAAGAUUAACCAUCAAGAGCAAAAUGAUUAAAGAAGAAUUCACUUGCGCUUCGAUUAGUAUCAACAUUUUGGUUCAUAUUUGUAUUUCCUUCCACUUUAGGCGGGGUUCACACAAGCAUUCAACGUUAAACAACUCACUCAAACGUUGUUUUAGAUAUUAAUUAAGUAUUAAACACAUUAAAAGGGUUGCUAAAAGUAUAUCAACAGCAUUGAAGUAUAACAUCUAUUCCACCGAGAUCUUUUAGCUUGGACACCAAUCAAUGUUUUCCAAUAUAAAAAUUUAUGAAGUAUCUUUUUUGAUAUAAUACGAAUCAAUAUGGAAAUAAGUUUGAAAUACAGAGCUUUAGGUGCAUACAAACUAAAGGUGCAUGGAUUUGAAAAUUGACGUUUAUCUACCAAUCACUGCACAACUUUUAACGGAUUGGACUUUUGCUAGUUCAACCACUAGAUUGUAACUGUGGCCUAAAAGUACGGAUUGCUAUGACUAACGGGCCGUCGCUAACUGUUGUGCUCAAGCGGGCUGUCGGCUCCCUUUUGACAAGAAAGCUACAGAAAAUCCUUAUUUCCCAACAAAGUUGAAGAUUUGUCAACGAUGUUCUCCAUAAUGACGGGCCAAAUAGCGACGGCCCCAGUGGUCACGGUCCCAAUAGCCAUGGCCCUUUUAGCCACAACCCUGAUGAUCAACAGUGACGAAAACCAUUGAGAGGGUUACCAUAGCCCGGAAACCCAGAAAAUACAUAUUGAGCAAUGUGCACUUGUCCUUAGUAGCAUUCGCAUUUGAAAGGGGUUAACAUAGCCCCCCAUCCUCAAAUUUUUGAUGAACUGGAAAAAUUUAUCGGACAUUUUAAUGUAAAAAAGUUAAGAGAAAACCCGGAAAAUACAAAUUGAGCAAUGUGCACUUCUUCUUAGUAGCAUUUGCUUUUUACGGAUUUUAUGAAUUGUAACUGCUUGUGCAUAGUGGAUUCAUAAAACAUCUAGAAAAGUUGAUAAUAACUAGAAUAAACUUUUGCGUUUUUAGCGUUUAUGUAUAAAAAAACUUAAUAUGUGUAUAAAUAACAAAUUUAUAAGUACAUAACUGGCAAAUCUCUUUAAACAAAUGUGUAACCUUUUGAAUAGCUUGCUCAAGCAAUGGUUGUAUAAAUGGCCUUGCACCCUUGUGUAUGAAAAGAAGCACGUGGUUAUAACCUAUGCAUAAAGAACAAAUUGCCGUUAAUUUUAAGGUAACAGCAUGUUUGGCAUCUUUGAACUGCAUUGUUAUUUACAAAGCAAUUCUUGUCUUGCCUGUCGUGGGAUUUUACAUCAAAACACAAUCGUAACACUUGAUUAGAAGCAUCAUUUGAUAAAAAAAAGAAAAUGGCUGGAAAAUAGCAUUUGGAGCUCGCCAUAAAAAGGCAUUUUUGCAGCCCCUUCCAAGUCUAUUACGGUCCCCAUCUGGUAUUCUUUCAAAAUUGCCGAGGGAUAAUUGGUCCGGCACAAUAAAAAUACUGCAAACUAAACAAGGCAUCAGAUAAAAACGAAAACCAGACACCUUACUAUUGGUUGUAGACACUAGACAGGCAAAGUUAUCAUCAUGAAAAGAAACUCUAAAACAACAGAAAAAUAUCGUUGUUGAUAGGAAUGUUUCGAGGGACUUAUAUUGGGAUACAUUAACAGUUGUUUUGUAAUGACAUGUGCUGUUAAGAUAUAUCUAUGGAGGGGCUACAGCAGUGGCGGAGCCACGGGGGGUAAUGAGGGGAAUAGCCCCCCCCCCACUUUUUCAGAAAGUCGGUCCUUGAGAUUCUUUCAAACCUGAUGAGAAAACUUCGGGGGGGGGGGGAUUUGUACGUUAUCUAGAUCGUCACAUUUAAAUGACAUUUCUUCAGAGAUUUGUAUCCUCCGGAAAAGAAUGUUUCAAUCAAGGUAAAAAAGGACGUGGUCCAAAAGGGCCUGGUGCCUAACACACCUUUUGUCCCCCUCCCCCACAUUUUUCCCAGGCUGGAGCCGCCACUGGGCUACAGCAAGACUGAUAUGAUAAAGAGUAAUUGUGUCAUUGCAUUUGAAAUAUUUUCAAACAUGGCUUUUACAAAAACCAUAAUAUAUCUAUAAUAUGAAUCGUUUAAUGCAAACUGAAUUGUGUAACAUGCUCAGAUGCCGUUCUUCCAAAAUUUCGUUGUUGAAAGCAACGACUUGGAGCUUGAAUUUGAUCAAUGAACAGGUAUUUGAUUUGCAUCUUGAUAAUUCACAAUGAAAGCAUUAUUUGCUUUAGCAAACCGAUCGUUUCUUCGCUAAAAAUUCCCAAUUAAAUAAUAAAAAAAAUCAAUCAAAUUCGAUACUCCAAAAUCAAUUCGACCUAAUUGCUUUAAAAUCAAUCCAACUCGAUAGUAAAAUUCUAAUUCAAUUGAAAAAUCUAAAAAACAGUCCAAUUCAACAUUCUAAAAACAAUCCAAUUCAAUAAUAUCAAUCUCAACAAUCAGAAAAUCAAUCCAACUCAAUGAUCCAAAUAAUCUAAUCGAUAAUCCAAAUAAUCCAAUUGUGAUCAUGGCUUGAAACCUAAGAAGGGUUUAUCAUAUAAAUCGCUUGGUGUUAUUCUUAUAAAAAUGGCAUAAAAAAUAAUAGAAAAGUUGAAAUACUCCUGAAAGACUUUAAUUUGAAGGCAGGUCUUCCUGUACUUACAGCAAAUACGAAAAU